AUGGAGGUAAAGCGAGUCAGGGCUCUAGCCCAGCGAGCCUUGAUUAGAAGGUGGGCGGAGGACCUGGGGUCCCCCUCGGCAGGCCUGGCAACAGUGGAGGCUAUCCGUUCCCACUUGAGUCGCUGGGUAGAACGAAGACACGGCACAUUCUCAUUCAGGCUGACGCAGGUGCUUACCGGGCACGGCUGCUUGGGUAGGUAUCUGCACCGGAUAGCGAGGCGAGAGAUGACAUCCUCCUGCCACGAGUGCGGCGCGCCUUCGGACACGGCCCUCCACACUCUGAUUGAGUUUUCCGCAUGGGGGCCUCAGCGCCAUUCCCUGGCGGCCUUUGUAGGCGGAGACCUCUCGCUGCCGAGCGUGAUAAACGCUAUGAUCGACAGCGAGAGAUGCUGGAAGGAAAUGGUCUUGUUCUGUGAAAAUGUGAUGACACAGAAGGAGGCCGCGGAGCGGGAGCGUGAGAACAGUACGGCCGACCCGCUUCGCCGAAGAGGACCAGGAAGAAGGCGUCUUCGUUAUGGACACCUUCUCCUCCCGCCAUAA